CCUCGCAUCUCGGUCGGUCCUCCAGUCCUCGGUGUCGUUCGGCAGUUCGCGCAACACUUACACGAGAGAGAGAGAGAGAGAGAGGCGGCAGCGAGAAGGACAAAACCCUUGUCAGUCGCCGUGCUCCGCCUUGUCUGGCUUCCACCUCGCGCCGCCGGCUUUCCAGGCCACCGGAGUCGGCUCCGAGGAAUGCAGGAUUAAUACUUGAUUGGGCAAAAAUUAGCUAGUUUCGACAAUGGGUUUUGAUAAUGAAUGUAUUUUGAGCAUUCAAUCCCUUCCUGGUGAAUAUUUCUGUCCUGUUUGUCGGACACUCAUCUAUCCCAAUGAAGCUCUGCAAACUCAGUGCACACAUCUCUACUGCAAACCCUGCUUGGCUUAUGUAGUGGCAACCACAAAAGCUUGCCCUUAUGAUGGCUACCUGGUGACGGAAACUGAUUCCAAGCCUCUUAUGGAAUCAAAUAAAUCCCUUGCUGAGACAAUUGGCAAAGUCACAGUCCAUUGCCUGUAUCAUAAGAGUGGUUGCCAAUGGCAAGGAACGCUAUCUGCCUGUAUCACCCAUGGCACUACUUGUGCAUAUGGGAACUCCCCCGUUGUUUGUAACCGUUGUGGUACACAGAUUGUACACCGUCAAGUGCAAGAACAUGCUCAACUCUGCCCUGGCUUGCAAUCUCAAACACAACAAACCGAUGGUAGUCAGGCACAGUCAUCGGUGGCAUCAACUCAGGCAGUCACCCAUGAUCCAUCACUUGUUGCCUCAGAAGGAUCUGCAGCAGCUGCAUCAACAACAUUGCCAUCUGCAAGUGCAGCCACAGCUUCUGCAGCAGCAACUGGAGGGCCAGCUGGUGCAACCACAGCAAGCACGGCAGCAGUGCCUCCUUCGGUUGCUGCAUCAGCUGCUGCUACCCAAACUCCAACAGCUGAGCAGUGGUACCAGCAGCAGCAGCAGCUCCAAUACUCACAGUACUACCAGCAGCAGUACCCUGGAUACAACCCUUACAUGCAGCAGUAUCAACAGUAUGGCCAAUACCAGCAGGUGUACCAGCAGUACACACAACCUCAAAUGCAAGUAGCAUCCCAGAAUGUUGUUCAAGGAUCUGCGCAACCUGCUUCACAUGUUCAGCCUCAAGGACAGCUCUCUCAGCCCCAAUACAUGAUGCAAUCCCAACCCGAAAAUCAGCCUCAACUCCAACCACCGACAGGUCAUCCACAACAUCAGCAGUAUCCAGUGCAAUUCCAACCCCAAAAUCAGCCCUACCCUCCCCAUCUUCAAGCACCUGCAGGUCAGUCGCAGCCUCAGCAGCCUCCAUCAAUGCAAUCAGCCUCUCAAGUUCCACAGCUGCAGCCACAAAGUCGCAUACCUCUCCAGAUGCCUGGCUCCCAAGCGCAACCUAUAACACAUCCACCAGCCUCUACUCAAGUUGGUAAUCAGCAACUUGCUAUUCCUUCUACUCAGUCCACACCUCUUCAAGUGCAGCCACAUAUACAUGCUCAACAUCCACAACAACAACAGAUUGUUGCCCAGCAACAUGUGCAACUUCAAACUGUACCUCCACAACAAAAUCAUCAACCUCAGAUGCAGCUAAAUUCUCAAAUCCAGCAACAAUCUUACCCACAGCCUCAGGCCUAUGCUCAGCCUCAGAAUACUCCGUAUCUGCAGCAGCAGAUGCCACAAGGUGCUCCAUUGCAACACCCUGUACAUGUAUCUCACCAACAAGGACUUGCCCCACAGCAUCCUGCACCGAUGCGUCCUCCAAUGCCAGGCCAACAACCAGCCAUGCUACCUCCUCAAGCAGUUCAGUAUACACAACAACAACAACAACAUAUUGGGUAUCAUGCUCAGCGAGCACCAAUGCAUUCCAGCAUCCCUUCCCAGACACCGCAACAAGGAUUGCCUCCCCACUCAUCUGUUUCCUCACAAGCAGGUCAAUCAUAUCAUCAAGGAGUGCCUUCAUCACAACAACAGGUGCAUUCCCAACUUUCUCAGCCUCACGGUCCACCAUAUACACAACAGCAUGUUCCUGGCCAUGGCUAUGCUGGGCAUCAUGUUCCAACUUCAGCUGUUAGACCUAUGAGUCAUGUUGCACCACCACAGCAAUUUCAACAUCCACCUGGUGGUUCAGUUAGCGAUUUACAGUCAAGUGUUAUGAAUCAACAGCCACCAAUGCCUAGAACAUCUGAUAAUGUCGGAUUAAUAUCUCAAUCGUAUGGUGGUGGACAACCUACUGGGCAGAGUUCUUUAACUUCGGAAACCCAUGCUUCAAAAUUGGGGAAGUCAGAAAUUGUAAAAAAUGCUGCUGAUAAUACCACAGUAAAUGAAAAUAAAAAUGGUGGUGCUGAAUCUGCUGUCAUGAGGCCUACUACAAUGUCACAGUCAUUGGGUGAUGAAAACAUGAACAGAGAACAGAAUGAUUUUGGUAGUGUUAGAAAAGAUGCGGUACAAACUGGCACUGUUUUGGACAGCAAAGAUGGUUCAAUUGUGAAGGAUGAAAUUGCUGGCCGGACAGGUAAGUCACAUGGUCCAGGUGUACAGGGUGGCCAAGAGCAUAAAGUUUCAGAAGCAUCAAAUAGUCUUGAGAAAGGAGGAUCAUUACGGCAGGCAUCAUGGCAAAAUGCAGGGGCAUUGGGGUCCUAUGUGAACCCAGGCACGGUAGCACAACAUCCAGCUGGACAAGAUAGGAUGCUUCCUCAGCAUAUGAUGCAUUCUGGUCCUAUGCCGUAUAAUAUGCAAGAGCAAUCAAAUCAAAUGAGGCCAACUAGUUUCUCUGAAAGUAUUCGGCCUCCAAGGCAGCAGCCAUAUGGCCCAGUUCAUUCUGAAACGGCACCAAGGGUGUUCGGAGAGAACCAAAUUCAGAUGCCAAUGCCACAGCCUGUGGGCAUCAAACCUGGUGAUGGUAUGAUUCGACCACCCAUGGUCGCUCCAUUACCAGGACGACACGACACUAUGGUGCCUCCUUUUGCCCCUGAACAUUUGGGUCGGCCACCUCCUCUUGGAAUGUCGAAGAGCAAUGGUGUUGGUGGUGGACCUCUUGGAAGUGGAAUGACUUUCCAUGAAGAGGGCUUCACUGCUUCAGGGGAACAUCUCAGGUCAUUUGUCGGUGGUAGACAUAAUGUCAACCAUAAAGAUAUUGAAGAUGAUCUGAAGCAAUUUCCAGGGUCAGCCCAUCUGGAUGGUCAGGGCUUGCAAAGGGGCCUUAGACCUUUCGAGAGAGGCUUAGGUAGACCUGACGGUUUCCCUGAUUCAUUACCCGGAAGGCCUCCAUUUCCAAACCAGCAAGGUCCAUUUCCCGUAGGCUUCCAUGAAGAUUUUUCAAGGAAGCCCAAUGCAGCUGGUCGCACUGACUUUAUGUCACCUGGUACAGAAUUUGGUCAUCAUAGGGCAGAUGGAAUGCCUAAUUUGAGAAACUCAGUUCCAUUUUUCCAAGGGAAGAGUGGUGCUCCUGGUAGUCUCCGUACAGACCAGCUUGGCUCUGGUAACCUUCCUGGGGAUGUACAGCAUGCUUUUGAUGGUCCAGGGUUCCCUCAUACUCGCUUCCACCCUGGUCACAUGCAUCCAGAUGAUCCUAAUCUUGUUGCUGAUUAUUCCCGGCAUGGAUUUCCAAAAGAAUCAGACCACUUCUGUUUGGGCGGAGUCUUUAGAAAUGGAGAUUUUGGUUGGUGCCGAAUUUGCAUGUUCAACUGUGGGAGUGCAGAGAACCUGGAUCUACAUGUACAGACAAGGGAACACCAGCAAUGUGCAAUGGACAUUGUUCUGAAAAUGAAACAUGAUGUUGCAAAGAGGCAAAAGCUGAAUUUUGGAGGCCUCAAGUCGUUUCACAACAAAAAGAUGGUGGCUGGCAAGGGCCACUUCCGUGGAAAUAGGCGUUAGAACUCUUGUUAUCUAGCUCAGCACUUGGUGAGAUUUUGAAGGUGGGUUACGGUGGUUUCACAGUUUUCCUCAAGUACAGCCGUUUUGCCCCUAGGGUUCAAUUGGUUACUUCCAUAUCUUUUGUCAGGUUGCUACUAAUGCUUAUGGACGUUUGCAAGAGAAUUGAAAAUUAUGAUCUGUUCAUAUGUCUGGGUUAAUGCAGAUCAGCAUAUCUGAAAUGGAACUUGUAAUGGUCUCAAACUUUUGUUACCGUGUUGGUUUGCAGACGUCACAUGCUUUUAUGGUUUCUAUCACUACUAUUUUGGAUAUUAAGUUGCAGAAGUUA